AGCAAAGAAUUGGAGGAGGAAAGAAAUCAUUGCAGUUUCUGCUCCGUGGACUUUCUUACACUGAGUUUCAAGACUGCACGAAACCAUCAAUUGCGCGAUUAACGAAGAAGAAAGCGCCACAACGCCACCACUUCUAGCUGCCAAGUACGGAAAUCUGACGACGGUCGUUAUCAACCAAUGGCCGCGAAGAACGGCGGAUCAGCCACGGCGCCACCGCCACGCCCAACGAUCACUCUCCCACCUCGGCCUUCCAUGGAGGUCUUCUUUUCCGGUGGGCCAGGCGCGAGCCCCGGCCCGAUGACCCUCGUAUCCAGCUUCUUCUCCGAUAAUUACCCCGACUCUGACUGUCGGUCGUUUUCUCAGUUGCUUGCCGGAGCUAUGGCUUCUCCGCUUGCUCUAGGUGCGAGGCCUAGCUUCUUUCCGGAAAAUUCAACCGACAAUUCCUUCAAAGAAGCUACUGCUGAGGAUGGGGCCCAGAAGAAUUCGGCUUUCAAGCAGAGUAGACCCAUGAAUCUGGUUAUUGCUCGUUCACCAAUGUUUACCGUUCCACCUGGGUUAAGCCCUUCCGGACUGCUCAAUUCACCGGGCUUCUUUUCGCCGCAGAGCCCCUUUGGGAUAUCCCAUCAGCAGGCUUUGGCACAAGUUCAAGCUCAAGCUGCCCUGGUGCAAUCUCAUAUGCACAUGCAAGGUGAUCAUCAACAAUCUGCUGUAACAGCUCCUGGUGAACCAUUGGCACAGCAGCCAUCUUUUGUUCCAAGUGAAGCUUCAGACCAGCAAGUGGCACCAUCUGCAUCAGAUUCUAGAAGUGCUCAAAUGGAGACUUCAGAUGUUUCUCACACUGAUAAGAAAUUUCAACUUCCUUCCUUAGCCAUUGAUAAACCUGCAGAUGAUGGCUACAAUUGGCGUAAGUAUGGGCAGAAGCAGGUCAAAGGAAGUGAGUACCCACGGAGCUACUACAAGUGUACGCAUCUGAAUUGCCCAGUAAAAAAAAAGGUUGAGCGUGCCCCUGAUGGUCACAUAACUGAAAUUAUCUAUAAAGGUCAGCAUAAUCAUGAACUGCCUCAGCCAAACAAGCGUGUCAAAGAUAAUUCUGAUUUAAAUGGAAAUACAAGUGUUCAAGUUCAGUCUGACUCGACUACACAAGGUUGGGCGGGAAAUUUAAACAAGCUUGGUGAAAGCAUGCCUGAUCAUUCAGUGCCAGAAAGUGAUCCCUCAUCCAAUCAAGGUGCUCACAGGCAGUUAACUGGAUCAAGUGAGAGUGAGGAAGGGGGUGAUCCUGAUUUAAGGGAAGAGGAGGGGGAUGUCAGUGAGCCAAAUCCCAAGAAAAGAAACACUGAUCUUGGGGCUUCUGAAGCACCUAUGUCUCACAAGACUGUCACAGAGCCCAAAAUCAUUGUGCAAACAAGAAGUGAAGUUGAUCUUCUGGAUGAUGGCUACAGGUGGCGCAAGUACGGGCAAAAAGUAGUAAAGGGAAAUCCCUAUCCAAGGAGUUAUUACAAAUGCACCAGUGCAGGAUGCAAUGUGCGUAAGCAUGUUGAGAGGGCUUCAACAGACCCCAAAGCUGUCAUAACUACCUAUGAGGGAAAACAUAACCAUGAUGUUCCUGCUGCUAAAACCAGCAGCCACAACACAGCUAAUAGCAAUUCAGUGCUCGUCAAACCACAGAGAGUGGUGCCUGAGAAGCAUCCUCUGCUUAAAGAUAUGGAUUUUGGAAAUAAUGACCAAAGACCAGUCGCAUUACGCUUGAAAGAGGAGCAAAUCAUAGUAUAGUCUGGUGUCAAAGAUCAGUUGUGCAACUUUCUGGUUAACUCACUUAGGUUCUCUGUAUGUAACACUUUCUGUAUACCAUGUUCACAAUCACAUGUAUGAAGAUUACUUAUCUAUUGUCUCCCCGUAAUUAUAGACUUUGUGGCUGUUCCUGGUACUGUCUAAUUCUCCUUGAAAGUUGAGCACAAAGAAAAAUUGGAAAGCUGGAUUCACAUGGAAAGUUCACAGAAUUCUUUGGCUUAUUGUUACCUUGUAAGCUUUCAAACCUCUUGCAACUUGCUUUUCAGAGGGUGCUGUUCUUCAAUGUAUGUAUUUUAUUUAUAUCCUCGUACUUGGUAGUUCAUUGUAAUGAAUUAUCCAUAUGCUUGCAAAUAUUUGAACAGUUGAUUUUUAUAUUUCUAUGAUGUAUAGUUCAAUUUCAUUAGCAAAGGAGCUAAAUUUGGUUCU